UCCCAGACCCACACUUCCUGACCACUGUGUCAGCUGCAGGCUCUGUACUUCACCCUCCAGCUCCAGGACAGUGCAUCUGCAGGUCUGGCCAUGGGACCCCACCCCAGCUCCCUCCUGGUCCUCGUGCUCUGCCUGGCCCAGACCAUCCACAUGCAGGAGGGGAUCCUGACCAAACCCUCCAUCAGGGCUGAGCCGGGACCUGUGAUCCACCGGGGACAGCCUGUGACCAUCGUGUGCCAGGACCCAGCUGGGGCUGACACAUUCCGUCUGGAGGAUGAGAACAGAUCUGUCCAUGGGGAUGAGAUUGUGACACCUCCACUCGGCCCUCACGGGACAUCGGCCAGAUUCCACAUCCAUGCAUUGAGUGAUGACACUGCCAGGAGUUAUUGUUGCCUCUAUCACAAAGGGCACAGCUGGUCUGAGCGCAGUGAGACCCUGGAGCUGAAGGUGCCAGCCCCUGCCUCCCAGAAUUACACUGUGGGGAACUAUGUUCGCAUGGGCCUGUCUGGUGUGGUGUUGCUGAUCCUGGUGGUGAUACUGGCAGAGGCUGGACAUACCUGGCACAGGUGGCCACACCCCCCACAGGAAUGGAGACAAGAAAGUGAACAACGGAGAAAUUAGGCUCCAGGCCCCAGGGGGACCCACCUCCCGCCAGGGCUCCAGGCUCCCACUGGAGCCCAGGAGACCCAGAGCCACGCCCAUUCUGUGAGUUUCACAGUGAAGUUGGUGAGGCUGACCUGUGCAUGGGACUCUGUCCUCAGAAGGGUGCAGGAGCAGCCGGGACCUGGCCUCCUGUGUGGUCUGGCUCCUUCUCCAGGGUUUGGCUCCAGACCUGACCCUCACCCACUCACAGUCCUGCCCCACUACUACCCGGGUCUCCCUUCUCUCCUGGAUCUCAGACAGGCCGCAGGUCCCUGCAGCCUCUGCCUCCCUCUUCCUCCUCCUGGAGCCUCAAGUUCUCACCUGCUUUCUGGGGACUGGGUAUGUGCUUCUGAAGACUUUGUUCCUGCCCACACCUGUCACCUGUGGAACUGCACCUGCUCUGGGCCCCUGUUCACUCACCUUUGCUCCUCGAAUGGCCUCUGCCUCCUGCAUCUGUCCCCUCUGUCUCAGGUGACUGGGACCUAAAGACCAGGGAAGGGACACGGGCCAAAACCACAGUGAG